AUGGAUACCACAAAGACGCCAAAGGCUCACCCUGCCGAGCAUGCUCCUUUCAACCCUUUUGAUACCAAUGUCACGACGAAGGCUGACCGCUGGCAUAUUUCACGUCGAGUUCCACUUGGUAUGAUCCUUUUCAUGCUUCUUGGCGUCGCGUUUGCGAUGGCGCAUCACUUCUAUUACAACUCUUUGGAUGGUGAGCCAGUCGCGGAAACCGAGCAGGAAUGGGCUGUUCGGAUAGGAACAGGUCUAGCGUUCCUCGCGAAGGCGUGCCUCAUAGCAAGUGCAGCCAUAUCGUAUCAGCAGCACUAUUGGAAAGUAUUGCGUAGUCGUCCCAUCUCUAUCAAAGGUAUCGAUGACAUUAUGGGACUUCUUGCAAACCCUGCUUGCUUCUUGAAUCUGGAAGUCCUGAUGAAAGCCUGGACAUCAGCUGUUAUUGCGUUGGCGAUAUGGUGUUUGCCGCUUUCCGCUAUAAUACCGCCAGCAACUUUGACAGCUGCGCUCUCAGUAUCUCAGCAACAAAUCAACUCGCCUGUGCCUAUUAUCGAUUGGCGGAAUAUGGCUUUUAAGUACCACGCUGCCGCUGAGAUGACGUUCACCGACGCCGGCCCAAUUCAGUAUCGCAUAGUUACCAGCUCAGCGUAUACUGGUAGCAUUCUUCCAAUGCUCCCUAUACAUCAGAAUUACACAUAUACACUUACCUUUCAGGGACCGAAGCUCCGCUGCGGCGAUGUGAAGAACCACACUGCGUUCGAUCUGGCGCAAGUGAACACUACGAAUACAAACUCCGUCACGACGACUUAUAACGCUACAGUUCCGAUCCACUCAUUCGAUUAUGCAGCUCUGCCUGCAGAGUACGCGUUCGACAUAUGGUUUGCCACGCCGAUGCGCAACUUCACCUGCGAGACAUGGAAUGUCACAUACACUGUAGACUUCUCUUUUGUUAAUGGCGAGCAAAGUGUCGCUGUCACUGAUAUUCGUUACGAUAACCGCUUCGUUCUGGGAUAUGGCACGGAUUGGAACUACUGUAAAUAUGACUGGUGUGCGUACCAGGGAUGGCACACGGCAGUUGCAUCGAUACUCACUGGCGUAGUGAAGACGAGUGGUGCCACGGGAGACACCUCAUGGACAACUAAGAUUCUGCAAACCGAUUUGAUAGGAUGCCCUGAAAUGAGCUCAGCAGCGGCUAUGGCGUGGGGUCUCGAAGCGACAUGUCCGGCGGCAUCCUUGGAAAGUGCCAUUGAGGCGCUUAGCGAGAAUGCUACGCUUAGCUUUUUCAGCGCAGGACCCCUAUUGAACUUCCCUGGCCAUAGAGCCGACAAUUUCACCACGACGCCUGCCGAUCUAAUAGUCUCAGCAACGAAACUAGUCUAUUCAUACAAUUCACGCUCACUGCUCCUCUCUUACGCAGCAGCCGCUCUUGUAACAAUCAUCAUUAUGUUUGCAGGACUUCAUGCUCUUUGGUCUAACGGUGUCGGCCACACAAACACAUUCUCUGGCCUCAUUCGAACAACACGCAACAAAGAUCUCGAUGACUGGGCCCGAGGCCAUUGCCUAGGAUCCGAUCCCGUCGAUAAGCACAUUGCAAAGCAGAAGCUACAGUAUGGGUUGUUGGUGGUUGACAAUCACAGAAGAGAAGACGGUAUGCAUGGUUUACGACAUGCAGCGUUUGGAUUUCAGAGCACUGUUACGAGGCUGAAGAAAGGUGACAAAUGCAUGUAA